AUGGGUUGCGGAGCAUCAUCGACUUCUGCAACUGUAGCUAAUUCUAUAGCCUCUCAAAGUGACACCAAUAACUCGCUAGAGAAAAUGCCCCCUUCUUCAUCGCAAAACAUUGUGACCGAAAGAGAACCAAGCGCAACACCUUCAUCCAAUAAACAACGAAGAGUACCGUCAGCAGAAUCUCAACGUAGUACAACUAAGAGCAUAAGAAGUACUGCAUCUCAAGCAAGUAAACAAUCGAGAAUAUCUUCAGCCGUAUCAACAAAUAAUGCAGCAAAAAGAAUAACAAGUGCAAGCAGCGCAGCAACCGCAAAACUAUCCACCGGAGGGAAAAAAUCGGCUAAUCCGUCAAUAUAUUCGCAAUCUGAUGUAAAUCAAAAUUUAGUUAUCAUUUGGGUCGAUCCUCAACUAGAUAAGAAUGAAAAACUAUAUCAAGAUUCAAUUACUAAACUUCAACGUAUUACAAAUUUACUAUAUAAAUUUACUGAUGCCGACGGAUGCAUCAAUUGUCUUGAAACUAUUAACGAUAAGACAAUUGUUCUUAUUGUUUCGGAUAGAAUUGGUGAACAACUCGUACCGUUAGUUUUCGAUAAACUACAACUUGAAUAUAUUUAUAUCUUCAAUCCAGAAAAACAUUUUCGAAUUAGCUGGGCUAAUAAAUGGGCAAAAAAAAUAAAAGGUAUUUUUCAUGAUAUGGAACAAAUCUUCCUCGGGAUUAAAAUCGAUAGUGGACAAAUAGGUAGUUUAACUUCGAUUAGUAUUCUACCAAAGAAAGAUAUUGAAAUAAAAACUGAUGGAUCCAAUGCAUUAGACAAAACAUUUAUGUAUACACAAUUACUGAAAGAAAUUCUACUGGAUAUGGAACAUGGUUAUGAAGCAAAAACUACUCUUGUUGAAUAUUGUCGUAAUCAAUAUGCGGAUAAUGAUUAUCAGUUAGGUUUGAUCGAUGAUUUUUCUGCCGAAUAUAAUAAUCAUUUAGCUAUACAAUGGUAUACGAAAGAAUCUUUCCUCUAUUCCAUGAUGAAUCGUGCUUUAAGAUCUCAAGAUAUUGAAGCUAUUAUGAAAAUGGGAUUCUUCAUAAGUGAUCUUCAUAAACAAAUUGAAGAAUGUUAUAAGGAACAAAAGAGUCAACAUCGACAAAUAACGGUAUAUCGUGGCCAAGGUAUUUUAAAAGAUGAUUUUGAUCAGUUGAAAAAUAGCAUUGGUGGUCUUCUCUCAUUCAAUAAUUUUCUAUCAACAAGUAUUGACGUCAAUAUUUCAGUACAAUUUGCGACACGUGCAGCAGAAAAUCCAAAAGUUAACGGCGUACUCUUUACACUGAACAUUGAUCCAGCGAUAUCAUCCGUUCCAUUUGCUUAUCUAGCAGACAAAAGCUCUUUUGAAUACGAAAAUGAAAUUCUUUUUUCUAUGCAUACAGUUUUUCGUGUUACGGAUAUUCAACAUAUUCAAGAUCAAUAUUGGUGUGUUGUGUUAGAUCUAACCAGUGAUAAUGAUCAAGUAUUGAAAAAUUUGACCGAUCAUUUUAGAAAAGAGUUUGGAGAAGGCACUGCUUUGGAUCGAUUAGGACAUUUGAUGUUAAGAUUGGGGGAAUUCAAUCAAGCUGAAGAAAUUUUCGAUAUACAACUCAAUAGGGCGGGCAAAAAAACUUGGCGUAAACAGGCUCAUCUUAAUCAUCAACUUGGAUAUGUUUAUGGUCACAAGGGUGAACAUACAACUGCAUUAGCAUAUUACAAUAAGGCGCUCGAAAUGGAAUUAGCCCAUCUACCUGAAGAUGACUCUUCAUUGGCACCUACGUACAAUAAUAUUGCUAGUGAAUAUCAUUCGAUGGGCGACAAUACAGCUGCUCUAUCUUAUUAUAAAAAAGCACUUGAGAUCGAAAUAACGUCUCAUUCAUCUGAUCAUCCGUUAAUAGCGACUACCUACAAUAAUUUGGGAUCUGUUCAUAGUUCCUUGGGUGAUUAUGCAGCUGCACUUGAUUACUACAUGAAAACACUUACGAUAAGAGAGAAAUCUCUUCCUGUCAAUCAUCCGGAUUUCGGUAUUAUCUAUAAUAAUAUCGGAUCAGCGCACAGUUCAUUGGGCGAUGAUCAAACUGCACUUUCAUAUUAUCAAAAAACUCUUGAACUUCAAGAAAACAUUCUACCUUCUGGACACACAGAUCUGGCGACUAGUUAUGGCAAUAUUGGUACAAUAUAUAAUUCAUUGGGUGAUCACCAAAAAGCACUUGAAUAUCAUGAAAAAUCGUUAGACAUUCGAAAAAGAGGGCUUCCUCCGUACCAUUCCAACACAGCUAUGAGCUAUAAUAAUAUUGGUUCUGUGCAUAGUUCAAUGGGAGAUUAUAAAAGUGCAUUAUCAUUUUUUCAGGACUCCGUUGAAAUUCUAAAACAUUCUUUUACAGAAGUUCAUAUUAGUUUUGCUCAAGUAUACGACAAUAUGGGUUUCAUCUAUAAGUCAAUGGGUGACGAAGCACAAGCACUCAAUUAUUAUCAAAAAGUUUUUGAUAUUCGUCGAAAUUCUCUCGGUGAAAAUCAUCCUGAUAUGGCCUAUAGUUAUAAUAAUCUUGGUACAAUGUAUAGUUCCAUGGGCGAAAAAUCAAAGGCACUUACUUAUUAUGAGAAAGCACUUGAAAUUCAACGAAAAUAUCUCUCACUUAAUCAUCCAAAUUUAGCUAAUACUUACAAUAAUAUUGGUUUAACAUAUCAUGCAAUGGAAGACGAGACAAAUGCACUUAAAUAUUGUCAAAAAGCUCUUGAUCUUCUACUUAAAUUAUCUACAAAAAACGAAUCGUCUUUAUCUACAACUUAUAAUAACAUCGGUUUAAUUUAUAAUGCAAAGAAAGAUUAUGCAACUGCAUUGUCAUACUAUGAAAAAACACUUGAAAUUCAACAAAAUGUCAAACCAACGAAAGAUAAAUCAAUAGCAACAACAUAUAAUAAUAUGGGACUUACAUAUAACCGAAUGAAAAAGUAUUUAGAAGCUAUUUCAUCAUUUAAAAAAGCAUCAACUAUACAAGAAAACUUAUCCUCACCGGAUCAGCAUGAAUUAGCUAACAGCUAUUUUAAUAUUGGUCUAACGUAUUACGAGAUGAAUGACUAUAAAAAUGCUGUUUUAUAUUAUGAAAAAGCAUGCGCAAUUCGUGAAAACUAUCCUCCUAAGGAACAAUCUACAUUAGCAAUUACGUACAAUAAUAUUGCCGUGGCCUAUAAAUCUAUGGGAGAAAAUGCAAAUGCUCUAAGAUUUUAUCAGAAGACACUUUUUAUUUUUGACAAGAAUCCAAAUACGACCAAUUUAUCAGUAGCUAACAUUUAUAGUAGUAUUGCAUCAAUUUAUCAUUCAAUGGAAAAUUACGAACAGACAAUCAUUUAUUACAAAAAAUCAAUUGUAGAAGAAGAAAGUAAAGUGCCAAACAGCGAUUCAUCUAUAGGAACAAGUUUUAACAAUAUUGCUAUUGCCUAUAGAUGCUUGGAAAACAAUGAACAUGCUCUCGAAUAUUAUAAAAAAGCACUUCAUAUUCUAGAAAAAGUCCAAACCGGUGACAAUCGUUCUUCGCUAGCAGGAACCUAUAAAAGCAUGGCAUUCAUUUAUCAUUCGGAGAAAGAUUACUCGAAGGCUAUCGACUAUUAUAAGAAAGCGAUAGCAAUUGAAGAAAUAACGCUUCCUUCAGAUGAUUCAUCUUUAGGAACAACUUACAAUAAUAUUGCCAUUGCUUAUGAUUGUACUGCAGAUCAACAAAAUGCUCUAAUAUUCCAUCGAAAAGCACUUGCUAUUAGAGAAAAAACUCUUCCGCAGAAUGAUCCAGCAUUAGCUGCAUCGUACCAAAGUAUUGCAGCGAUACAUCAUUCAAUGAAAAAUUAUUCGGAUGCUGUGACCUUUUAUCGAAAAGCUUUGACAAUAAUGCAACAAACACUUUCAUCAGAUGAUGCCGCCCUAGGAACUAUUUACAAUAACACUGCUGUAUCCUAUAAUUCCAUGGAAGAAAAAAAUAAUGCUUUGGAAUUCUAUCAAAAAGCUGCGGCUAUUCGAGAAAACAUAUCUUCUCCGAACGAUUCAACAUUAGCUUCCAUAUAUAGCAGUAUGGCUGCUAUUUAUUCAUCUAUGGAUAAGAAAAAAGAUGCUGUUGUAUUUUAUGAAAAAUCUCUCAAAAUUCAAGAAUCCCUAUCAUCUCCAAAUCACUCGCAAAUGUAUGUAAUUUAUUUCAAUACAGCACGAACAUGUGAAGAUCUUCGAAAUUAUGAUGUCGCUGUUAAACAUGCUGAACGUUCUCUUUUUCAUGCUCGUUCUGCUUUCGGUUCGAGUGACGACCGAGUACAAAAUGUUCAAAAUUACAUUGACACGCUUCGUAGACACCAAUAA